AGCGGCAACGGUGACGCCAUUUUUCUGGUGCUUUUUUCCGUGUGUGGACGAAAACGUAUGUCUGUCCGUUGGAUUUUGUGCCCGUUCUCGUUGAAAUAAGUGAUCCACCGCGCGUAGUGCAGUCGGUGGCGAUAGAGCAACACCACUAGCACGGAAAGCUGCACGAAAAAGAUCGAUUACUCCGACCACUGGGCCCAGUUUCCGGUGUUGCAAAAGAGGCCCUCCCGGUGAAUGCCGACUGAGAAAGCAGCAAGCGCGUGCCCGUCAGUCGUUCCCUCCCGAUUUCGGUAGCCGCCUUCCCGAGAAAGCACGCGCGCGCGUGUGUGUGAAUUUGUUUGUGUGUGUGCGUAGAGCUGUGAAAGUGUUGUAAAGGGAGCGUGCUUCCCCCUCAUCGUGAGAAGUUUUUUCUGCACCAAGCCAGUGAAGGAAAAAGUGUCAUUUAAAGCGUAUUUUACGGUGCUCGAGAAAGAAGCGUAAAAGCAAGUGAAAAUGUCGCAGCGAGCGAAGCGUUCCGGUGCGUCGACGCCGGUCCCGGUGCAGGCCAGCACCCCGGUGCAGCAAAGCGGCAGCGGUGCGACGGGUGCGUCGGCAGCGCACCACCACCACAGCGCCCGCCCGGCCAGCCCGCUCAGCCCGACGCGCCACUCGCGGCUGCAGGAGAAGGCCGACCUCCAGAACCUGAACGACCGGCUGGCAUGCUACAUCGACCGGGUGCGCUACCUGGAGCAGGAGAACUCGCGCCUCACGAUGGAGGUGCGCACCUCGCAGGACACGACCACCCGCGAGGUGUCCAACAUCAAGUCGAUGUACGAGCACGAGCUGUCCGAUGCCCGCAAGCUGCUCGACGAUACGUCGCGCGAAAAGGCCCGGCUCGAGAUUGACGGCAAGCGCAUUCUCGAGGAAAACGACGAGCUAAAGAAGCGUUUGGAGCGUAAGACGAAGGAAGCGGCCGACGCCGAUCGGAACGCACGUGCCCAGGAAGCGCGCGCCAACGAGCUGUCGACCAAGUACCAUUCGCUCGUGUCGGAACACAAGAAGGCGAAGGACGACCAGAAGGAGCUGGAGAAGGAGCUGGCCAAGCUGCGCAAGCAGCUGGAUGCGCUGCGCAAGAACCUCGAGGACGAGACGCUGACGCGCGUCGAGCUGGAGAACUCGGUGCAGACGCUGCGCGAGGAGCUGACGUUCAAGGAUCAGGUGCACCAGCAGGAGAUCACCGAGACGAAGACGCGCCGGCAGGUGGAGAUCAGCGAAAUCGAUGGCAUGCUGUCGGAGCAGUACGAGGCGAAGCUGCAGCAGACGCUGCAGGAUCUGCGCGACCAGUACGAUAUGCAGCUGCGCGUCAACCGCGAGGAAAUUUCCGAUCUGUACGAGGCUCGUCUUCGCGAUCUGGAGCAGCAGAUGAACCACGAGCGGUUGCGCCACGCCGACGAGAAGGCGAAGAUGAUGGAGGAGGUCGAGCGCCUGCGGAAGGAAAUCUCGAUGCAGCUGCAGGAAUACCAGGACCUGAUGGACAUCAAGAUUUCGCUCGACAUGGAGAUUGCCGCGUACGACAAGCUGCUCAGCUCGGAGGAGGACCGGCUGAAGAUAACGCCCGGCAGCCAGACGUCCAUCUUCUCGCAGUCGAGCAUGUCGGGCAGCCUGUCGCGCAGCGGGGUGGUGCGCCGCACGCCCAGCCGUGCCGCGGCCAAGCGCAAGCGCACCGUGCUGGAGGAGUCGGACGAGCGCAGCGUGUCGGACUACUCCGUCACCUCGUCCGCUAAGGGCGACGUCGAGAUCGUGGAGGUCGACCCGGAGGGCAAGUACGUGAAGCUGCACAACAAAUCCGGCAAGGAAGUACAAAUCGGUGGAUGGACCGUGCUGCGGAAGGUCGGCAGCAACGAAACCGUGUUCAAAUUCCACCGCUCGCUGAAGAUGGACGGUGGCGCCUUUGUGACCGUUUGGUCGUCCGAUCUGGGCAAGGAUCACGAGCCGCCGACGACGAUCGUGAUGAAGGGGCAGAAGUGGUUCGCCGGCGACAACAUGACUACGCAUCUGCUGAAUGCCGAAGGCGAGGAGGUAGCCGCCUCGGAGCGUGUGAAGCGAAUGGUUUCGACUGCCGCCUCGCGCCACCGUGAAUACCUCGGAAGCUACGGAGAGGAGCUUCACCAUCAACAGGGUGAACCCCGGGGCGACGAGAAGUGCCGUAUCAUGUAAUAGCACGCACGCACGGAUCAACCAAUCAACACAAUAUGGAAGCCACAUGGAGCGUGCGCGUGUGGUGGAGUUAAUAUAUAAUUUUAUCUCUUUAAACACUACACAUAUUUGUUCUGCCGCCGAACCUUGCCCUUCUUCGGCCCGCGAUGACAGCGACCUGGGAAAGGGAAGCGGGAGAAGCGGUGGCGGCGUAUGUUGUAAGCGAAUAAUUUAAAAAUUAUCGCCCACAGCGGGGUAAAGCUGUGCGCACAAUUGACAUCCACAAAAACCAGAAAAGAACUCUAUGAUAGAUAGGUAUGUGUUUUGUUGUUUGCGUUCUUCAAAAACAAACGCAGGAAAUCCGUAGCAAACACAGACAGACACAGACAGAAGAAGUGUCAGUAACGCAUUGCGCCAGAACUAGAAACGACGGAAACGCGUUGAGUCGUUUGUCUUGCAUUUUUUUCCCUCUUAUUUUAUAUUACACGUGUGAAUACACACACGCAGCACUUUCUAACACACACUUCUUUCGGAAAGGGUAAUACUAUAAAAUUUAGUACAUCUUGUUCCCGUACGUGGACAGCUAGCAAGGAGGAUUAGGAAGUAAUGCGUGACAAGCGCGUCUGCGCUACAGAGAAUUCAACUGUAAAAAAUAAUAAUAUUGAACAGAAUUACUACUUACAGUUGUAAUAAUGUGCAAAAUAACCUAAACAACAUCACUGUGUUUUGGUUGUUUGUCCCUUUUCGUUCUUAUUGUAACACGAGCGUAACUUUACAAAUAAAAUCAGUAACAACACCACCAGAGAUAGAGAGAUAGAGAGAGAAAGAUUAUCUGUCAAUCCAAUCACAACUAACAUUGGUUCCAAAGACCAAACAGCUCUAACCUGCCUGCCCGCUGGCCUGCGUGGCAAACAAUCGGAGGAGGAGGAGCACUUUAAACUAAACUAUAAAAAAAAGAAAAUAAAACACACAGUAAAUGAGAGGCCUUUUUGUUGCGAAAAAAAAAAUUUAAAUAACACAAACACACACAAAAAAACAAUUAACAUUAACUUAGUAGUGCUUAGAGCGAUAGAGAGAGAGAGAAAGAGAGGGAAAUUUAAAGGCGUAAAGCACGCAAAUACGCGUACUCUACCAUAAAGGAGAAAAAUGAACUAAUAAGAGCGUACUUUCACAACGAUUGUUUUUUUUAUUUUAUUUGUACGCUAAAAUUCUUUAACAUUACUUCAGCGAAAGAUAAAAGAAUCCCUUUUUCGUGUGUACGUGACGUCAGUUUGGUUUCGCCAUAAAUCAGCAGAGAUGUGUGUGGGUCAGGUGCACAUUUAGCUUGAACUCUAACACAAUGCCACAAGAGAUACAGUUUUUAAUCAAUCUAAUCAAGGCAGCAGGGAUCAGGCGAUUGUUUAUAUAUCUGAUUACGUUACAGUACAGCUGUCCCCCCUGCAGUAGCUCUGGAGAUAACGAAUUAAUUUACUUCCAUUUUGAAAUUGCAUUUGAAGAACGGAUCGGAAGAUUAUUGCCAUUAUUGUCCAUUUUCUUGUAACAGCAACACAACAGGAGGAGGAGAAUUGCAAGGUUAAGGGUUUUACUGCUGCACUUUUGCUUCCCGAUACUGUCCCGAGAGAACCGAGCCAUGUGUGUAUGUUCGAGUAGCCGAGGAAAGCCAUUGUAGCCAUCUUCCAAACAGUUUGAAAGCGCCCGAAAAGAAGGAUAAUGAAUUCGCUAUUCAACAAACGAACAAAAGCAAGCAGGCGAGCGAAAUGGGAAUUUGUAAUAAAUACAUUCAGAUAGUUUUCAGUGUCUGAAGUGUGAGAGCGACAAA